AUGGCGGCCAAUUUCUGGCAGUCCUCUCACAGCAAGCAGCUACUGGACCCAGGCGCAGUGGCGCGCUUGCUGCAUGCGGAGGACGACCGUAUGGGCCUCUCGCCCUCUGACGUGCGCCUGGUCAAGCUGCACAUGUGUGACCACCUGGCAGUCUUGGCUCACCGCCUCAACCUCCGCCAGAGGGUUGUGGCCACCGCCAUUGCCUACUUCCGCCGCGUCUAUGUCAAGAAGUCGUUUGCGGAGGUGGAUCCGCGGCUGGCAGCGCCGGCAGCGCUGUACGUGGCAGCCAAGGCGGAGGAGUGCACGGUGCAGGCUGUGAAGCUGGUGCACCGCAUGAAGAGCCACGCGUGCAUGUGCGGGCAUGGCGCCAUGGGCUACGAGGUGAAGGACGUACUAGCCAUGGAGAUGCGCCUGCUGCAGGCGCUCUCCUUCAACCUCAUCGUCUUCCACCCCUACCGCCCUCUCUCCACGUACUUGGAAGACGUCAGCAGAGAGCUAAGCCUCUCUGCGAAUGCGAAGGAGGAAUUCGCUCAGAUGGCUUGGUCAAUGGUGAACGACUCAUUCAAGACGGACCUGUCACUGUGCCACCCGCCGUUCAUCAUUGCCCUUGCAUGCAUCCACCUCGUUGCUCUCAUGCGCCACCUGCCCCUCCUGCCCUGGCUCGAGGGCCUGCACAUCGACAUGCACCGGGUAUGGUGGAGGUGCAUCAGGUAUGGUGGAGGUGCAUCAGGUAUGGUGGAGGUGCAUCAGGUAUGGUGGAGGUGCAUCAGGUAUGGUGGAGGUGCGUCAGGUAUGGUGGAGGUGCAUCAGGUAUGGUCACUGAUGGUGCGUUUUGAAUGGCUGGAUGGGGGCAGGACUGAUAUGCACCAGAUACGCUCUCCACCUUACCCUUCCCCUCAUCCUCUCCUCUUUCUUUUCCUUGGCACAUCACCCCCUUCCCUCAUCGCCUCCUUUGCAUCACCCCCACCCCUCACCACCCACAAUGCAAGUCAGAGAAAUGUCAACAUCUCUUUUGGACCUGUGAGGGCAGUUUCAACAGCGCUCUUGGACCUGUAUGAGGAGUUCUCAUUGCUCACAGUGGAUCAGAUCUCAGCUGCCUCAUCAUUGAUCCAUAUCACCCUUUCACAACCUCCCUUGCGACCCCCUCCCCCCAUUACUCUCCAGGUGAGGGCAGUGUCAACAGCGCUCUUGGACCUGUAUGAGGAGUUCUCAUCGCUCACAGAGGAUCAGAUCUCAGCUGCUGUCUGCAAACUGCCCAUGCGCCUGCCCUAG